AUGCCGUUGUUGAAAUGCUCGAAAGAAGAAUUGAAUCUUGGGGCAGUAUUGUUAGGCGGCCAAUCAUUCAGAUGGAAAAAAUUGGUAACAAAUGAUGAAAAUAUCGCUCCUGCAUCAGAUGACAUAUUUUUUGGUGUUGCUAAACAUCGAGUAUGGAAAAUAUGGCGCGAGAAUGAUGAACAAUUAGGUUACGAAGUGUUGGCAAAGUUUUCAAAAGCUCGUAGCAACGACUUGGAUGUCCUCAAAGAUUAUUUCCAGCUUGAUAUUGAACUGAUGCCAUUAUAUAAGUUAUGGGCUGAAAAUGACAAAUAUUUCGCUCAUCUUCUCGAAAAUCAUCGGACAAAAUUGGAAGGAAUUCGUGUUCUUGGACAAGAUCCAUUAGAAACUGUUUUUGCUUUCAUUUGUUCUGCAAAUAAUCAUAUCCGACGUAUCACAAAUAUGGUUGAGACAUUGUGUGAGCUGUACGGUGAAAGCGCUAUUAUUCCUUGUUCGAAUGGUAUGAAAACAUUUUAUGAUUUUGCUGAUCCAAAACGCAUGACCGAUGAUCCUGAAUUGGAAAAAGUAUUGCGAAUUCGUGGAUUCGGUUAUCGCGCUCUAAACAUUGCACUUGCUUCUAAAACACUCGAAGAUAACGGGGAACAAUUUCUGGAAAAUUUAUCGAAGGGUACUUACGAAGAUGCAAUGGAAGAGCUUCAACAAAUGCGAGGAAUUGGCGCGAAGGUUGCAGACUGCAUAUGUUUAAUGGGAUUACGCAUGCAUUCCGUUGUACCAAUUGAUACGCAUACCUUACAAAUUACAGCAGAAAAUUAUUUGCAAACAUUACAGCAAAGAAAAUCUUUACAAGGAAAGGAUCGGCAACAAGUUGCAGCUGUUUGGCAAGAAAAGUUUGGCCCAUAUGCUGGUUGGGCACAAGCUGUUUUAUUCACAGCACAUCUGCGACAGAUGAAUAUCAGACAAUCGACAAAGAAGAGAUUAUCAAAAAAAAAAGCAGUAAAGCUAUAA